AUGCUCACAUCGUCCUUGAACCUGGUUUCCAGUGGAGCCGUCCAGCAGGCUGGUUGGCGAGUGGUGGGACUAGCCGCCAGUGGCAGCGCCUGUGACACCAGCUACAACAAGAUCAUCAACUUCCCCGCUGCUAGCAACGCCAACUACAUCAGCUUCAACCCUAAACUUCCUGCCCUGACUGGAUUAACUGUGUGUGCUUGGAAGCAGGACACGGAGAAUGGACAAGCUAGAUUCUGGUUCAGCUACGCAGUUCCUGGAAACGAUAACGAGAUCAUCUUGGGAGACGCAUCGGGUGUUCACAGAUUUUAUGUGAGGAGAAUCAUGACUAAAUCUCCUGUGCUACCAGCUAAUAAGGGCAAGUGGGUCCACGUGUGUGGUUCCUGGAACUCAGAGACUGGAAAUGCCGUCAUCAGUAUCAACGGAAAAGCAGUCAACACUGUCGUGGUCAAGAAAGGAGAGGCUUUGACAGCAGGAGGUAAUCUGGUUAUCGGACAGGAGCAGGACAGUGUAGGAGGAGGGUUCAGCUCUGCCCAAGCCUACAUUGGAAACCUCUACAACAUCAACAUGUGGGACAGAGCUCUCACUCAAGCUGAAAUUACUUCUAUCUUCAAUGAAGGUAUGUGUGGGAUCUUCUUUGCUGGUUUGAGUGGUUCGGAACCCGUCAUAUCUUACGCUGAUAUUCUGGCCGAAGAAAUGCAUGGAGACGUAUCCGUCGUUGAUGGGGAGUGCGAAGUUGUCGAAUGCCUCCCGGUUGAAGAAUGCCCCCCGGUUAAAGAAUGCCCCCCGGUUGAAAAAUGCCCGGUUAAAGAGUGCCAAGCUUGUCCUGAACAAAAAUGCCCAGCUCCUUUCUGUCCUGAAACAGAAUGCCCUGAAAAAGAAUGCCCUGAAAAAGAAUGCCCUGAAAAAGAAUGCCCUGCUGUCGAGGAAUGCCCUGUUGUCGAAGAAAUAGAAUGCCCUGCAAAAGAAGAAUGCUCUCUGCCUGCUAGAGAUUGCCCCGGUAUCGAACCUCACAAACCAGCCUGCUGGACGGCUCUAGAGGACACCAGGUUCAAGGACGAUGUGAGCAUUGGUCACAUUGAGGGAGACAUAAACGCAGCCAAGGCAGCAUGUUACGCCAGCGGCACAUGCGAAGCUCUGACUUGUUCUGAGAGAAAAGGAGCAGUUUCAUGUGAGCUGUUGACGUCAUUCGGAAAAGAAAAGAUAGGCAAAGAUUCCCAGGCUGCAUUUAAAGGGCUUAACAGCACUAGUUUUAACUCCAGGUUCGUUCUGAACAACUCAGACCAACUCAACUCACUAGGUAUUCACAUCGAGUAG